GGGGGGGUAUGAUGAAAAUCCUUGGGGUCAUUUCCCGUUUCGACUCCAGGGUCCCCUUCAUGACCUACGCUGAGGAAAAAGUUCGUUCAUGUGAACCGUAAAGUACGGUACUCUAAAUUGACCAUACUAACCUCUUCGGUUCUAAGUACCGCAUCAUCUGUUUAUACGAACGAAUUUUCUCUAUCGUUUGGUUUGGUUUGGAAGAUCGGUUGCAUCAACCGAGACGGCCUUUACAACCGAAAGUACGGCUUCGUGAACCAAUGGCUGAUGCAGAGCACCGCACUUACGGUUCGUAUGGCCGAACCUUUUUUUCUCAAUGUAGAAUAGCUGAGAGAAGAAGCCUGGUACGGGUAGUUUGGGACACCCUGUAUUUAUCACUGUACCAAUCAAGUUGACAGGAAAAGUUUGGAAAGUAUGUACAUAUCGGCCCAGGCCAGCUGGAAUCGAGUGGUUAUCAAAUGUAUGUGUAACUAACUACUCAACGGGUCAAACACCUACUGAUUAUGGUAGAUCCGCGCAAUGGUGCCGGAUUGCGAAUAUGAUUGAAUGCUUUUGUUCAUCUUCCUUGAAUUUUUUUUUAAAAAACUAAAUAAAUAAAAUACCUUAGGAAAUUUGAAGGAACUGUCAUAUUUAAUUCUGAUUUAAUUUCACACACUUUCCUACAGAGAAAUCCGAAAUUCUUUUACGGAGCAUUUUUAUCUCAAACAACGUGUAAGUGGCUCCUACGACCAAUAAUUGCCGGAUUCGAUACCUUAUCAUUGGAGACGGGCAAAAUAUUUUAGUCGUGUUUUGGAGGCUGUUCAGUUUCUCAGUUCGCUUACAAGUGAAUAGGUAUUACAGUUGUUAACUGACUGUAAUUUUUUAAGUUCAUUGCGUGAAAUAAUCAUGGAGGAUCCAUAUGUACCUCCACGGAGUGACGUCAAAAAAAUCAGCCGAUUUCGUCAGAUUUUACCUCAGGUACCUUAUUGUUUUUUUUAAAGUAUUAUUUGAUAUAAAGCCAAUUUGUAAUUAAAACGUUUAAGUGACAACAGCAAGGACAAUUGGACCACAUAUUGCAUUCAGGAACUGUAAUGUAAUGGCUGUAAUGUCUGGCUCAGUUUACGAACAACGUAUGUAACGUUAGUUUCCCUUAACAGAUACAUGUUUUCACGAAUAAUCCAGAAAUUGUAGUUCAUAAUUGCAAAAUGUAGUCCGAUCAACGGAAAGAAAAAAAUAAAAAUUGAUGUUCCUUAAAUUCCCAUUUUCUCCAUGAACACUUUUGUCCACUAUGUGGUAGAUCUCUUUUUCCGCUGGUGUCUUUGUUUUCAAUGUGAUCAAAUCAAAUAUAAUGAUGAUGUUUUCUUAGAAUUUUUUUGUUUUUACCUUUUCUUCCUGAUCUCCUAAAUAUGUUCUUACUUUAAAUGACAAUGGUCAUUUCAGGAUUUGAGAAUUCCAUCAUCAGGUCUUUUGAUCACCAUGUGGUUUCUACUUAUCUCACAAUAAUAAAAGCGAUUUAAAACAAAAAACAGUUUCAGUUUUUAGUGAUUACGCACUAUAUUUACACUCACAUCGCGGAACGGUGGUCUAUCAUGAGCGAUGAUUCAUCACAUUUGUAAUAAAUCAACUAUAUAUUUUAAGCAAAUUCUUCCUGUCGUGUAUAGAGUAGAUGAGGAUGCUGAGCAUAGUUUAAGUUAUCUACUUCUUAUCUGGGAUUCUGGGACGAAAGUGAAGAGAUAACACCAUCCUUGUUUUUUCUCACAGAUUAUCGCGACCAGUGCUACAAUAGUGCUGUAUUUAACCAUGGGCAUGAUCAUUGGAUUCCCGACCAUUCUCAUCCCAGCCCUGACCGCCAAGAACUCCCAAGACGUGCUUCAUCUCACCAUGGAACAAGCCUCGUGGUGCGGAAGCGUGGGCUGUAUUUUCCAGCCACUCGGAAGCAUUAUUGCCGGACUCGCUCUCCAACCUUUGGGCUGUAAGAAAUCGAUGAUGCUUUUGAACAUUCCAUUAAUUGCAUGUUGGCUGAUAGUUCAUUUCGCGACCUCUAAUUAUGCACUAUAUUUCGCCAAUGGGCUAUUUGGCUGCGUUAUGGGGCUAACGACGGCACCGGGACUACGUUACGUUAUCGAGAUUAGCGAACCAUCGCUUAGAGGGAUUCUUGUUGCCUCCACCUCUCUUUUCAUCUCCUUAGGAUUCUCUUUCAUCAUUUUCCUCAACAGUUUGACCGAUUGGCGACAGACAGCCGCUAUCAGUGCGUCGAUACCGCUUCUAUGCAUCAUAAUUCUGUUCCAAGUACCGGAGACACCAAUGUGGCUAGUGUCCAAAGGCCGAUCGGACGCUGCAUUGAAAUCUUUGCGUUGGCUCCGAGGCUGGACAGACGCCGAAACAGUCCGGGAGGAGUACGAAAAAAUCGUAUCAUUCACUAAGAACCAGAACCAAAAGCUCCUCAAGAGACAAUGGAGCGGGAAGGUAGCAGAGUACAAGAACUGUCCAACCGUUGAAGAGGCCGAACUAGCCGAACCUGCUAGCGCGUCACAAGGCUUGAGCGAGAGGGUGAGAAAAAUGUUCAAGGAUAUGACCCGGAAAGAAAUGCUGAUACCUUUGACUAAAUGUUGCAUUAUCUUUGCGAUCAACUGCUUCUCUGGGGUGCCGAUACUUCGGACGUACAUGGUCAAAAUUUUCGACGAUCUCAACUUGCCCGUCGACCCGAAAAAAGCUAGCGUAUGGGUGGCCCUAAUGGGGAUGCUCGGCAACAUCGGAUGUAUGUUUGUCAUAAAGAAGUUGAAGAAAAAACCGCUAUUCCUCGCCUCCUUGGCGGGUUCUGCGCUGUGUCUGUUUUCGAUGGCCGCAGAUCUCAUGGGGUACUUGGAGGGAACCGUCAUUGCAUCGUUCCAUCGUUGGUGCCAUUUAACUUUCGCCAUGGCUCUUUACUUCUUCUGGAAUCUGGGGAUUCAGCCGAUUGCGUGGUCGUACCUGGGAGAAAUUCUCCCUUACAAGGGCCGUGGACCUGCUACCAGCGUCGCUUCAAGUUUCUACUUCAUAUUAACAUUCGUAGGAAUCAGGACGUUCCCAGCCAUGACGGAGUUCCUUCGAUUGGAGGGAGUUUUGCUCUUCUACGCAGUUGUAUGCGUCGCAGGUCUAUUUUUCACUCACUUCCUGCCAGAAACAGAGGGCAGGCAUCUAUCCGACAUUCAAGCUCAGGAUAAGGAAGGGGCGGAGACUGAAAAACUAUGAAAGUAAUCCAUUUAUACUGCUGUGUCACCGAAAAGAACAGUAAGUGAAAAAAUGAAGUGUUUAGAAAAUGACCUCAGGCCGUAUUCAUAGUCGUUCCUUAAACACAGCUCCUUUCCAGUGGCGUGGUGUACAAAAUGUUCUGUUUGAGAGAGGACACGUGCAAGCGUUUUUGCGUGUCCCUCGUUCGGAAGGCGCUUCGUGCGCUUUGUUUCGAGAGAGUAAUCGCGUUAGAUCAUUUGCCGUUCUACUGCGUUCAUUCAAAUUGUGAUGUAUCGUGUAUCGACAGCAAAAUCUCAAACCAUCCGUCUCGGUUUGCGACGUUGCAGAUUUUCUGUAAUACUUUAUUUUUUAAAAUGAAAACUGCUCAGCAGGAAUCCUUACAGACUGCUGUAAUUUUUCCUUUUUGUACGGGGAAAAUUCUGAGAAAACUUCAAGGAAUGAUGUUGAUUUGUUCUCAUUUAAAUGAAUAUUGAGGGAGCAUAUAUUUUAAAACACCACAACUGAAAAAAGUGAUUUGAGAGUUUCGCCGUCGAUAUUAGUGGCGAGGAGUGAAUAAUCGAUUGUCGAUAUUUCUCCAUUUGAAGCCAUGGUAAAGAAUCGAUUAUUAAGGGGUUCGUUGCGAACGCCCUGUCUAUCGAUCCUUUUCCAUAGGUUUAUAUGGGGGAUCAAUCGAUAUAUCACAAAGCACGCCACGCAACUGGUCGGUGUAUGACUGUCCGUCAGAAAAAUGACCUUAAACCACAGAGAAUUUUUCAGAAGAGUUAUUUCUGUCAAAUUGGGUCGGAAAGUCGGAUGUUUUUAAAUGUUAAUGAAAACUUUCUUGAAUAAAUCUGAGAAACUAAUUUGCUAGUGUUCGGAACGUUUUCGUACCGAAAAAGAGCACAUUUUUGCAUUACAAUCCGACUAUUGACCGCCUAAAACAAAUAAUUUUUUUCUUCUUGAAACUGCGUUUUGGGAACUAAAAAUUAAAAACCAUAACAUUCAAUUUUCUUAAUUUAUGUCGUUCAAAACUCGGUAUUUAAUAUUUUGACAAAGGUCACCUCUCCAAUAAACGCUUACAUAUUUUGAAAUGACAAUGUGAAAGGAGGUAACCAAUUCUCUUUUCAUUGUAGUAAUGUUUCAAAAUGUCCUCCCUUUGCAAAUAUUGAAUAACAUACUCACGAGAUAUUUUUGGGAUCAAUAAUUUUUACCUGGCAAAAAAAUAAAUAAAGUGGAUAGUUACGAUAAUUUUGUUAAACAAUAAACUAUUGUUUUAUAGCAAUGAAAUGCUCUUAAUUUUAUCCCUAGUCUUUUAGAUAAUCUGUAUUAUCUAAUGUUACUUUUUCUCUCAAUACUUUUGUUACUCUAAUUCAUGUAAAUAGAUAUAAGGCAUACCGUUUUUGUAGAAGCUGUAACAAUUUGUUUAAAUAAAACCUUUUUU